AGACCCGAACCGGCUCUGCCUCACAACCGGCGCUGAUUGGCGGAGCUCGGCCGUCACGUGCCCGCAAAACUGCAAUCUGUGUCUGGUGUGAGGACUGUCCGGAACAGCGAGAACCCUUCUCCGGAGAUCCAGGGGCCACAGCCUGCGACAUGCCGGGGGCCACACUUCUCACCACUCUCCUCACUGUCUGCCUGGUCCUGGGGGCUCAGGGUGAGACCUGUGAGCGAAACAUCUGUCAUAAUGGAGGAACCUGCGUCAUGAGUACAAAUAAGGAGCCCUUCUGCAUCUGUAAUGAUGGAUUCACCGGCACAUACUGCAACGUGACAGAGAAAGGUCCCUGUCUACCAAACCCCUGCCACAAUGAUGGAGAGUGUAAAGUACUGUCCACUCAGAGAGGCGAUACGUUUGCACAGUAUGUCUGUAAAUGUCACCCUGGCUAUGAUGGAGAGCUCUGUGAAUACAAUAACAAUUAUUGUUCUUCACUGCCUUGUAAACAUGGAGGGGUUUGCAGUCACAUGGACAAUGAUUACAGCUGCAGAUGUGCGUCGCCCUAUAUUGGGAAAUCUUGCCAAAUUCGAUGUGCCAAUGCUCUAGGAAUGGAGGGUAGAGCGAUAGCUGAUGCCCAGAUUACAUCCUCUUCCUUGUAUCAUGGUUUCCUUGGCCUACAGCGAUGGGGGCCUAAUCUUGCUCGUCUGAACAAUAAAGGCAUGGUUAAUGCAUGGACUGCAAACAGUUAUGACCAGCACCCCUGGAUUCAGGUGAAUCUGUUGAGGCAACUCAAAGUGUCUGGAAUCAUCACCCAGGGAGCCAGCCGGAUGGGGAAGGCCGAGUACAUGAAAGAAUUUAAAGUGGAGUACAGUGUUAAUGGACAGGAUUUCACCUUCUACAAGAGUGUGGGUCAGGAUAAAGUCCAGAUCUUCAAUGGAAAUAGAGACAAUGAGGGUCGAAAAGCCAAUAUCUUCAGUCCUCCCAUCACUGCCCAGUACAUUCGUGUGUACCCCAUGGCUUGUCACAGAGCUUGCACUCUACGGUUUGAGCUCUUCGGCUGUGAAAUGAGUGUGUAUUUCAACACGGUAGGUUGCUCCGAGCCACUUGGGAUGAAAUCCUUCCUGAUCCCCGAUAAGCAAAUCACGGCAUCCAGCGUGUUCAAGACCUGGGGCAUCGAUGCAUUUACCUGGCACCCGCACUACGCCCGCCUGGAUAAGAUGGGGAAGAGCAAUGCCUGGACCGCCCAGGAGAGUAGCCAGUCAGAGUGGUUGCAGGUUGACAUAGGAUUUCCGAAGAAGAUCACGGGAAUUGUGACACAGGGUGCAAAAGACUUUGGAAACAUUCAAUAUGUUGAAUCAUUUAAAGUGGCAUACAGUGACAAUGGCUCCACCUGGACAAUAUAUCAAGACAACAAGACGAAGAAAGAUAAGCUAUUUCUUGGAAACCGUGACAACUACUCCCACAAGAGGAAUCUCUUCACGCCUCCAUUUUCGGCCCGUUACGUGCGCGUUCUUCCUCAGUCGUGGCAUGAACGGAUCACCCUGCGUAUGGAGCUUCUGGGCUGCGACGUUUAAGCAGAAGAUGCCUAGAAGAUGAACACAUUGCACAGCAAGAGAGAUCCUUUCCUUAAUUUCUACCCAUCAUCCGUUCCUCACUUUCCUAAACUCACCCCGGCGGGGAGGCAAUUAUAACCUCACCAGGCAAUCUCUAACCUGAACUAAAGUGAAGCAGACCUAACUCCUAACUAGAACCUGAGGUCAGAAUGCCUCACUAAAUCACAAAAACUACUAAAACUUGGUGCCCAAAUAGAUGUUUUGAUGUAUGUAGAGGUGACCUGUAUCAUCUGCUGUACAAUGUUUUUGAUGGCUGUAAUAACGUUUUUUUUUUUUUUUAACCUGUUCAGUAUUGUAAGGCUUGUGCAAUGUUUUAUUUUAAAGCCCAACUCUUUCCAAAUUUUUUUUUUUAUAGUGUGGGGAAUGGUGACCAUGUCUCAGAUUUUUCUUGCUGUCCUUGUGCCCUUCAAGGAAAUUUCUCCUCAUUUCCUUUUCCCGUGACAAGAAAUCGGAAGAAAGGCAUCAUGGCCAAUCAGUACAAUAUGGAAAGGCAACAACAAAAAAAUAUUAAUCAGAAGCUUUUAUUGCUGUUUGUGCCUUUUUGUAUUGGUGACCUUUUGUACCUUCUAUUCUUGGUGUCACA